CUGCAGAAUGCAUUACCGUUGAAGUACGUCUAAACACUGGAAUUUUGGAACAGUGAAUCAGUCAUACUAUACUGUAACCCAUAGUAGAGGACGACAAAGAGCACCAUUUAGUAUUUGCAUAAGAACAGUCUACAGAAUAUUUACUGCCACACUUUAUACAUGCAAUUAUAUAGACAAGCAGCACCAAACACCGCCAAGAUUCAAGAAAUUAGAUUCUCCAUAAAGAUGGAGAAAAUGAAAAAUAACAGACAUUUUUAACAUUAUGAAUACUUUUCAAAGUCUGAAAAGGGUCUGAAAAUUCAGAAAAUUAGGUCAUUUAGAAGGUACAACCGCAUUUGAAAGUUUUUUGACUGAAUUGCAUAAUUUAGGAAUUCGGGUUUCAGUGCAACAGAUGACAGCUAAUAUACUAGAUAAGCGUGAUAAAUGGUUUAUCUAUAGUGAAAUUGGACACUUUGAAACUACUUCCACUAUGGGUUGUUAUAUCUUCAAUAUAAAUCCAGCACUGGCAAUUGUCUUCAAUCACAUUAGCUUUAAUAAUCUCACGAUGAGAGAUGCUAGCAUAAAUGAUAUUGAGAGACUGAAAAACACAUACAUUAAAAAAAAAAUUCCCCUAUUAAUUUUAAAAGACGGUAGCGCCGAGGAGGUAAAACGCACAAUGAAUGCUGUCGAGAAGCUAGAAUUUAAAAAUUUAAAACAAUUAUAUGUAACGGUUAUGUCACAUGGAGAUGAGGGCGAUAUUAUUUAUACCAAAACUGAUACUUAUAAUAUUAAAGAAACGGUCCUUAAUCCCUUACUCGCUAAUGAAAGUUUGAAGGAUGUGCAAAAAAUUGUACUAGUAAAUGCUUGUCGCGGUGAUAUUGAUCCACGUUAUGAAGACGAUGAUUUAGAAUAUGAAGAAACUAACACAGAUGAAAUAGAUGAAAAUUUGGUAACAUUUUAUAGCACACAAAAAGGUUAUGUUUCUCUGUUACCAGCGGAUGGUGCAGUUUUCAUUAAAGAAUUUUGUGAACAUUUCGAUAUACCAUUCAAAGAAUCAUCAAUGGAAGAGAUCGCUGAACGUAUGGAAACAGUCUUGCAGAAGAAAAUGAAUUUCUGCGAGAAAGUUACAGACUAUUGUGCAAAACCAGGUGUUCUACAUAAUAUUAAAAUGGAAUUCAAAAAUUUGAGAGGUUAUAAAGGCCUUUUUAAAAAAAUUAGUGAAGUUAUAGACAAUGUUUUUUUUAGUAGUGAUGAUAUUGUACCCGCAGAAGAUACAAGAUUGGUUAGAUGUCAGCAUUCUAACUGA